AAAUACCCCGUGCUGCCUUACCUGGUGCUGGUGCUGAAGCAGUUCCUCCUGCAGAGGGACCUGAACGAGGUCUUCACCGGAGGGAUCGGCUCCUACAGCCUCUUCCUCAUGGCUGUCAGCUUCCUGCAGCUUCACUACAGGGAGGAUGUGUGCAGUCCCAACAUCAACUUUGGCGUUCUGCUCAUCGAGUUCUUUGAGCUCUACGGUCGCCACUUCAACUAUCUGAAGACAGGCAUCCGGAUCGCUGACGGAGGCUGCUACGUGGCCAAAGACGAGGUUCAGAGGAGCAUGGACAGCUACAGGCCCUCCAUGCUCUACAUCGAGGACCCUCUGCAGCCAGAUAACGAUGUGGGUCGCAGUUCAUACGGGGCCAUGCAGGUGAAGCAGGCGUUUGACUACGCCUACGUGGUGCUCAGCCACGCCGUGUCCCCCAUCGCCAAAUACUACCCCAACAACGAGACCGAGAGCAUACUGGGUCGAAUCAUCCGAGUCACACAGGAAGUGGACGACUACAGGGAAUGGAUCCGGAAGAACUGGGGGAGCCCGUCUCAGAACGACCUGCCGCUCAACAAAAAUGACGUCAGGCAGUUUGAGUCCAAGCAGCUCGAUGAGUGCAACAACAACGUCCCGGAUGAUGAAGAUGACGACGAAGAUGAAGAUGUUGUUGUUUUACCGUCGGCGCCCUGUAGCAAAACCUCCUCGAACUCCUCCUCGCCGUCCCCUUCCCUGCGCUCCUCUCCCUCCUCCCCUCUGUCGCCUUCCUCCUCCUCCAUCUCCACUUCCAGUGACGCG